UCAUGCUGCUGCCAAGUCCAGAGUCUCUCAUGGGUCCCUGUACGGCCUCCCAUUGCUGCUGUCUCCAUCGCCACACUCUGCCAUGUGCCACUUUCAGGUCUCCUCACACUGCUGGUGUGUUGAAUUUUUUGACAUAGGGUGCUGGCAGAUUACGGGCCUCCUAUAGCUGCUGCCAGGCCCCUAAUCUGCCAUGGGCCCCUAUAUACCGCCUCCUCAUGCUGCUGCCAAGUUCAGAGUCUGUCAUGGGUCCCUGUACGGCCUCCCAUUGCUGCUGUCUCCAUCGCCACACUCUGCCAUGUGCCACUUUCA